UUGACACUGCCAUGUUCCAGAGGAGGGUGAGUUCAGGGAAAAACGGAGCCACCCUGUCAAUCACAAUUAAGGAACCAUGGGAGUAAACUGGUACAAGAAGACACUCCCAAAAACAAACGAAGCCAGACGGCAAUCUCCGCUCCAACUCCCAAGGAGAGCAAGAAAGGAGCAGAUAUGAGCGGGGGAGAUGUGGUGUGCUCAGGGUGGCUGAGAAAGUCUCCUCCUGAAAAAAAGUUGAGACGUUACGCAUGGAAGAAGCGGUGGUUUGUUCUUCGCAGUGGGCGUCUGACAGGCGACCCAGACGUGUUGGAGUACUACAAGAAUGACCAUGCUAAGAAGCCCAUCCGUGUGAUUGAUCUCAACUUGUGUGAGCAGGUGGACGCUGGGCUGACGUUCAACAAGAAGGACUUGGAGCACAGCUUCAUAUUCGACAUCAAAACCAUUGACCGUGUCUUCUACCUGGUGGCUGACACCGAAGAAGAGAUGAAUAAGUGGGUUCGCUGCAUCUGCGACAUCUGUGGUUUUAACCCCACUGAUGACGAGGCAGCUAAAGCUGCUCACCAGUCAGCCAUCGGGGGCCUGGUGGUGGACACCCCACCACACCCAGCACUGGGCCAUAUUGUCGGUCCACCAGCGAUGCUGUCCAGUGUGCCCCCUCCAUACCAGCCGGUCAGGGUGCGUCACCUGGACUCUCAGUCCAGUUCAGAUGAGCCCCAGGAUUACCUAUGGCUGGUCAACUGUGAGAGCAAAAAGCCUGAACCCAACAGAGCCCACGCUGAGUGUUCCAAGUCUACCUCGUCAGAGACAGACCUGAAUGACAACGUCCCCUCUCACCGCACGCCCACAUCUGCCACCUCCUCGGCUAAACACACCUCCCACAACGGCUUCUUCCCACAGUACCCGGCGCCUGCCUCCGCCUCUUCCAUCUACGACUCGCCUCCAUCACACGGUGCCUCGCUCUCAACUGACGGCGGCCUUUACCACCUCCCUCGAAGCUACUCCCAGGACACUGUGCUGCUCCCAAAGUCAGCCUCUUCCCCUCCGGCCCAUCCGGACAGCGGGGAAGGCUCUGAGCUCUAUGUCUUCAACACGCCAUCACGGAAGCCCUCAAUGGAGUCACAGAUGCGUAACCUUUCCAUCAGUUAUGACAUCCCACCUACACCUGGCGCAAACUGUACCUACCAGGUACCCCGCACUUUGUCAGUGUCGACAGGGGUAGGAGGCUCAGAGGGUGGGGGAGAUGUAGUACCCCCUCCCAGACCACCCAAGCCUUCGCUCAGUUCCACCUCAGGACCUCCACCCCCCCCCUGCGAGCGCUCCCCUACGGACACCUAUUGUGUGCCUCGCUCAGCAUCAGAGACGGAUGGAAACUACUGUGUGCCUACUAGUGCUGGGAAUAAGGCUUUACGCAGCAACACUAUUGGCACUGGGGACUGUUCGCGCCUCCGCAAAGAUUUUGGAUCCCAGGAAUGCUAUGACAUUCCUAGAUCAUUCCCCUCUGAGAAAAGUUGCUCAUUUGACUUCAAUGAAAGCUUCAACAGCUACUUUAAAAACAAAGGAAUGAUGCCAGUGGGCAGCCAGUCCACAGAAGAGGUAGACCAGAACUAUGUACCCAUGAGUGCCAAUUCCCCGUCACACCAUCACUCAGGCAGUUUGUCGGAGCCGAUGCACGAACCGAACUAUGUGCCCAUGACCCCAAGCACCAUGGAGUUCUCAUCCCUGGGAAAGCAGGUCCCCCCACCCGCCCACAUGGGCUUCCGCUCCAGUCCCAAGACCCCUCCUCGCAGGCCAAUGCUCAGUGAAUGCCAGCCCCCACCUGUGGACCGAAAUCUUAAACCUGACCGCAAAGGUCAGAGUCCUAAAAUAAUAAGAGCAAAAGGUGUCGGUUUAGAGCGAACCGACUCUCAAACCGUAGGUGAAUUCCCGAGGGGACGACGCAAGGGAAGACCCGCUCCACUGGAGAUCAAACCAGUGCCGGAAUGGGAGGAGCCCUGUACGCCUGUACGCUCGCCUGUCACACGGUCAUUCGCUCGGGAUCUCUCUAGGUUUCCAAUGCCAACGAGACCCCCGUCAGUGCAUAGUACGGCCUCCAGCACUGACUCUGAGGACUGUGAUGAGAAUUAUGUACCCAUGGUCUCUAAUAUGUCCACAGAUGAACCAAACAUGAAGCUUGGUGCCCCCAUGACUGCUGAUGGUGGAAGCAGCCCUAUGGUGAAGCCAAAGGGAGACAAACAGGUGGAGUACCUGGAUUUGGAUCUUGACCCCGGCAAGUCUACCCCACCUAGGAAGAUAAAAAGCAAUGGGACUGGAAUGGCAGUGUCAGAUGAGCGUGUUGACUAUGUGGUUGUGGACCAGCAACGGACACAGGCCCUUAAGAGCACCCGGGAGGCCUGGAACGAUGGCCGCCAAUCCACAGAGACAGACACCCUUUCCAAAGGACCCAAGUGACCCUGUUGUCCCAACCGACAUCCCACCCUCCAAACUGCCAAACCAUUGGGCUUUUUACACUAGUGUAGGCUCUGGUUUGUGCUUUGGGACGGUCCAGCUGUCAAGUUCCACCUCAGCAAGAUCCUUAAUGUUUAGGGCCAGUGGAGCUUUGUAGCCAUCUGUGUUUAGUUUACGCUGCUGUCAGGUCUAGGGCAGCACUGUGUACAGUUGUAAGGAAGGUGUGUGAGCCAGGAAUAAGCUGCAUGCAGUAUGAAAGCAGGUGGAAUGACUGGACUAGUCUUUGGGGUUUAACUUAAGCAGACUCACGAAACUUUGAACAUUCACUGCCUCCUAUAUUGGAUUACAGUUUUUUUUUUUUCACCUUUCAAUGGCCGGUGGGCUGAUCCACAGUUAACAUUUCCUUAAAUUAUAAUGCUAUUUGUUAUUUUGGAGUGUAAGUGAAAUCACUUGAUAACAUGACAAUACUUUAUCAGUGCAACACUCUACUACUUAGAAUAGCUGGUUAACAGUGUUGAUUUUUCAGUAUCUUCUGUUUGAACGGAGUGAAGUUUCCAUGGGCACUGGUCACAGGUCAGUUUUACAAUUUUUUUCGCCGAGUUUGUUUGAAUUGCUGAAACUCACCCUGAUCUGUGUCUGAGGCAAACUUCAAACCUGAUCCCCAAGAUAACCCAGUACGACAGAAUUUCAUAGUUUUUAUUACUUUAUUCUUUCAAUGCAAAGGCAGUUGAACAUGUUCAUUUUACAUGUAACCAAAUGCUCAAUGCAAGGUUUAAUCCACUGAACAUGAUUUGAUUUCCAUUUACUUUGUACAUGGAGAUGCUUCAAUCUGUUAUAAUGGAAGUGCAAAGACUGUACAAAAGUGUUAUGUAUAUAAACACGAAAAGUGUCCUUUAUUUGUAUGGAAUAUCCAGUGUGUUUGACUCGAAGGUAUGUGGAUUCUGCAGGGUAGAAUCCGGUACCUGUCUUAGGUGGUAUCAGGACUUGUGAUUAAUGAAUGAAUUACUGUGAGUUUUUAAAAGAACGUGACAGGUUUUCUAUAAGUUAUACAAAGGUAUCAAACUUAGGCUAGAGAGAGAAAAUCAGGUACUAAUAAUACAACUAUCCAUUUCUAAUUUAUUUUUCAAGUUAUUUCAUCAGGUGGAUGUUGUGUCCACUUUUAGCUUAGUAUUCUUGAUUUAUAUGGAGGAACAUUUGCUAAGGUUUAUUAAAAUGCUUAGUUUGACAAGCGCCGGUCAGUUAUUUUCACAAGUUCUUUGAUAUUCCUCAUUUCUCUCUCAUCUUAGGUUUAAUUUAUUUCAAAUUGAACUGGCAUACAGUUUUGGGAAAUUGACUGCCUCAUGUAGUCAACUUGAUACAUUUUUUAUAGACAGUGAAAAUGUCUAUGUCUGCAUAAGUCUGUGCUUUACUAACCUGUGAACUCUCACUCAGAAAUCCCAAGCAUGUGCUACCACAAGAUAAAAUCAUUGCUGUACAUAUUUUGCCAUCAAUUAGAUUAACAUGUAUCAUUUGAAAAAUGUGCCUACUAAGUCAUCUUCAUUUUACUUCACUCUUUCCUCAUUGCAGUCUCUUUGUGAUACGGACUGCAAGGCUGAUGAUGCUUUAUCUUUUUUUAAUGAAUCUCGACAGAAAAUGUAAAUUUUAAAAGUGGACUAAAUAAAAUCCAUCCUCUUA